UGGCAAAUUGUGAUAGUGAAAACUAUAGGCAAGCGUGCGAUAUAAGCUUUUUUUCGUUUCCUACGGACGAAGCUCUCGCCAGAAAGUGGAUGCAGUUUUGCCGGCGAGGAAGUGCAUUAUUGAAUCCCAAAUCGAGCUACGUGUGCAUGAAGCACUUUUCUAGUGAAGAUAUAGAAAACAAUCGACAGUUCGAAAUGGGAUUUGCAAAAAAACGCCUUUUAAAGCGUGGUGCUGUGCCCAGCAUUUACCCAGAGGAUGGGGAAACCUCCCAGCGUGCCGAAAGUGUUCAGCGCGAGGAGUACAAACAAAUUGUCAGCGAGUUACUUCAGCAGAGUGAACCUGUCGCAGUCAAUGAAGUUGUUAUAGCCGAGGCGAAUAACAGUGCCAACGUUGUUCCGAUUGACGAAAAUGUGGAGAAUAAGGAAAAUAGCCUAGUGGAUGCAAAUCUUUCCGAAAUCCCCGCGACUUCAACACCUCGCAAAGUCUUCUACUACGACAGCAGUUUGGAAGAAGUUGAGGAGCUGGAAGCUCAACUAAAAAGACUUAAGCGAGAAAACAAGACUCUGUUAAUGGAUAACAAAAAGAAGGACAUGGAACUGGCGGCACUCCAGCAAAAGUAGGGUAAUCAGAAAAAGAAGCAUGACUAUGAGGUGGAACAGCUGAAAAAACGCUUGGAUGAAUACGAAGAUAUGUGUAAAAACAUGGAGAGCAAAUUUUAAUCUUUACUUGUAUAGGUGCCAUACUGAAAAAACGUUGUUUCGGAAAAAUGGCCUAUCGAUAUAGAGCCACCAGAGUUUGAGGAUCUAGAGUACGAUGGUCUAGAAAAUUUAGCCGGAUACAUAUGCCACCGAUUGCGAGACGAUAUCCCCAGCACCUCACUCAAAGGCGCAGAUGAUCCCUCCUACACAUGGGUAAAUCACUUAAGUGAAGGAGGAUUAUCUGUACCUAGCAGCAGUAUGAUGGAACAUAUAAGCAAUCUAGAAUCAGUAUUCAGAGCAAUGAACGAAGAUGGUUUGCUCAUUACA